AUGGCCAGUCCGGCAGAGCAUUCCAGCGCAGCUCCGCAAGACGUGGAAACCGAUCAGCAACAUAACAACAGCGCUGUCUUGGAUUCGGUGCAACACGAUGAGGAACUGCCACCGUUCGAACCGGUGUUCGCCCUCUUGACCAAUAAUACCACAAACUCGACUAUCCACCCCCGCGUGCACUAUGUCUUUAGUGACGACGAUGCCACGCCGCUUGACGCAGAAUCGGCGGAUGAUCCCUCCCACCGGCCUAUUGUGGUAGACCUGGUGCCAAACGAGGCAAAUGAUGGCUGGAAGGUCUCGUGGGCGUCGAGCCUAAGCCCAGACUUUGCCGUCGUCGCGACCGAGCUGUCUAAGCAGCAGCAGGGUAGCGCGGACGGUGAGGCGGAUGCGUCAACCGGCACCCUGAUGCUGCGCAUUGAUGGCGUCACCCGUGAGCCUGUAGAUACACGAUUUGACCCAGAUAACAGCCAGCCGAACUCUGGAAGUGCCAGCGGCGCCAUCGGAAAGGAUGAAGCCGAGAGCUUGGCCGAUGAGUUCCGCCGAAGACUGGCAGGUAUGAAGACGGUUGUGGAUGCUGGUCAACAGCGGAGGUUAGCCGCACUUGAACAGACCGGUGCAUAUGCUCCCGAAGAUACUACAGAGGCGCACAAUUUUUUGGUGGACAAUACGGAAUUUGAGCCUAGAGAAACAGACGUCUGA